ACAGUGACAGCCUUCAAUAAGACUUAAGAAGCUGUAUUGCCGAGGACCAUAUCUGACUCCAGCGGCUCAGAUGAGGAGGCGUCACGGUUCAGGGAGGCGUGUGACCCCACCCUUUGGAGGACGGCCGUGCAGGGAGCCACCAAGAAUGGAACCUGCAGAGUGGGGGUGUCUGACAAGGAGCCCGAGCGCCCCAGCCAAGGCGACCAUGCUGCCGGGGAAGAUACGCAGCACCCUUGCCGAGCCGCAGGGGAAGGCAGGAGUGUGGAGUAUCAGGGUGACCAAGGAUGGCAGUGGUGAUGGCCAGCUCCUCCAUCAGCCCCUCCACCUCCUGACCAACUCGCCGUUCACCCAUCAAGGCAGCAAUGACCUCACACACACAGCAGCCAGGGGGAGGAUGCUGGACAGAAUUCACAAGAGACUUUCCUAGUUUGACGGUUGUGAUGUGGUGAGCUGUGGGUUGUCUCUGUGGGGGUUUCCAUGGGUAGUGUUAUGAGCCCAGUGAUAGUUUGACAAGGCUUUCAUAGAGGUUGUUGUGUGGGUGUUCCAUGGGUAGUGUUAUGAGCCCAGUGAUAGUUUGACAAGGCUUUCAUAGAGGUUGUUGUGGGUGUUCCAUGGGUAGUGUUAUGAGCCCAGUGAUAGAUCGACAAGGCUUUCAUAG